GAGAACCCAUCCAUCUCUUCUUAGUUUCUCUGUCAUUACCAAAAAAAAAAAAAAAAAUGGGGUUUCUUUUGCAUGAUCAGAAGAACACUAUGAUUAUGUCGUUUGUUUUAGUUCCUUUACUGCUGAUUCUAAACAUGCAUUACUAUAUGUUACCAGCUCUUGCAGAUUCCAAGCGAAAUGUUUACAUUGUUUACAUGGGAAAAAGGCAGCACCUUGAUGUUGAGCUUCUUACAAGAACCCAUCAUGAUAUGCUUGUAACUGUUCUUGGGAGCGAAGAAACAUCCGAAGAUUCCAUUGUAUACAGCUAUAAACAUGGUUUCUCUGGCUUUGCCGCAAAGAUGACAAAGGCUCAAGCUCUAAAGCUCUCAAAGUUACCAGGUGUGAUUCAUGUCACACGCAAUCGAUUUUAUAAGGUUCAAACAACCAGAAGCUGGGAUUACCUUGGACUCUCUUCCACCUCCUUGUCCAAUCUUCUGAAUAAAAGCAAAAUGGGAAAUGGUGUUAUCAUCGGUCUCCUUGAUACAGGGAUAUGGCCAGAAUUAGAAGUUUUCAAUGAUGAAAAUCUGGGGCCAAUCCCCUCUCGAUGGAGGGGAGUUUGUGAAUCUGGACAACACUUUGAUGGUGCAAAAGCCUGCAACAGAAAAUUGAUAGGAGCUCGUUAUUUCAUAAGUGGACUUGAAGCUGAGUAUGGACAGCCAUACAACACUAGUGAAAACGAUGAUUACAUGUCCCCAAGGGAUUCCAGUGGGCAUGGAACCCACACAUCUUCAAUUGCUGGUGGCUCGUUUGUUGCCAAUGCCAGCUAUGAUGGGCUAGGUCUUGGCACGGUGAGAGGUGGUGCACCGGGAGCUCAUCUAGCUAUGUACAAAGUAUGUUGGCGCUUGUAUGGAGGUGUUUGUGCCGAUGCCGAUGUGUUGAAAGCCUUUGAUGAAGCGAUAAAUGAUGGUGUGGAUGUGUUGUCAGUGUCUCUUGCUGCUGAUAUUCCCUUGUAUUCUGAAGUUGACCAUCGUGGUUCAAUUCCUAUCGGUUCAUUUCAUGCUGUAGCAAAAGGGAUUACCGUUGUUUGUGCAGCAGGGAACGCAGGUCCGAGAGCUGAAACUGUACAGAACACAGCACCCUGGAUUUUGACUGUUGCAGCAAGCACUGUGGAUCGGUCCUUCCCCACACCUAUAACACUAGGAAACAACCAAACCAUCAUUGGUCAAGCAAUGUUCACAGGAGAGGAUACAGUGUCUGCAGCGUUGGUGUACCCUGAAGUCUCGGACCUCAUGCCUCCACGUAACUGUGAAUCCCUCUCGUCAAAUGAUGAUUGGAUGGCCGGAAAAAUAGUGCUUUGCUUUGCUUCAGACUACAAUCAGAGCUUGUUAAAUGAUGCUAUAUUGUCUGUCAAAGCGGCGGGUGGGUUGGGAGUGAUUGUUUCUAGGAGUUCAAGUAAUUAUUAUCCAUAUGCUAUGAACUUCCCAUGUCUUCAAGUAACCUAUGAAACUGGAACUCAGAUCCUGUAUUACAUUCGAUCUACAAGUAAUCCCCAAGUAAGACUGAGUCCAUCAAGAACGCAUAUCGGUAAGCCAGUGUCAACCAAUGUGGCAUACUUCUCAUCUCGAGGGCCUAGUUCCAAUGUCCCUGCUAUACUUAAGCCAGAUAUAGCGGCUCCUGGCGUCCAGAUACUAGCUGCAAUUCCUCCUUUUGAUGAAACAACAACUGGUGCAUUUGCUUUUCUCUCAGGAACAUCAAUGGCAACUCCCCACGUGUCCGGAAUUGUUGCUUUACUGAAAUCAUUGUACCCGGAUUGGUCCCCUGCUGCUAUUAAAUCAGCAAUUAUCACCACUGGAUUGACUUCCCAUCAAUCUGGAGGACCAAUUUUUGCAGAGGGAGAACCACCAAAGCUUGCCGACCCCUUCGAUUUUGGAGGUGGAAUUGUGAACCCAAACAGCGCGGCCGAUCCUGGCCUGGUUUAUGACAUGAAUACAGAGAAUUAUGUGCAUUAUCUUUGUGCCAUGGGUUACAAUAACUCUGAUAUCUUCCAGCUCACUGAACAUCCAGUAGUUUGCCCCUCCAAACAACCUUCUAUUCUGGACGUAAACCUCCCAUCCAUAACUAUCCCGAACCUCAAAAAGCCAACAAUUCUUACCAGAACAGUCACAAAUGUGGGACCUGUCAACUCCAAAUACAAGGCUAGCGUUGAGUUUGCAUCUGGCAUAAACGUAGCAGUGAGACCUGAAACAUUGAUCUUCAGCUCUAGGACGAAGGCCAUCUCCUUCUCUGUGAUGAUUUCAUCUGCCCACAACGUAAAUGCAGGGUACUAUUUUGGAAGCUUGACAUGGACAGAUGGUGUGCAUGUGGUUCGAAGUCCGAUAUCUGUGAGAACUGAGGUUGGAGAAAGCUUUUUCUGAUGAAAACACUCCAGUCCAGCAGUUGACAGCAAUUUACAGAAAUGAACAAAAAUAAUAGAAUAGUAUGUGGUACUCCCUAAGAAUCUAUAUCAUGGAACAAAAUAAAACCUUAUAAUCAACCAUAAGCUUGCAAUUGUAAACUAUUGUGCUUUAUGCUUUCAUCAGUUCAUUUUCUACUUGAAA